AUGGCGGUCCGCCUACGUCUAGCCAUGCACGGGCCUCGUCAUAAUCGCAUAUUUCGUCUUGUCGCCAUUGAACAGACCUGGGCACGUAAUGCGAAACCUAUAGAAGUCCUCGGCCAGUUCAAUCCCCGUGUCACUCCGGGCGAGACGACGAAAACAGUAGAGUGGAGUGUAGAUCGAAUACGAUAUUGGCUGGGGGUGGGAGCCAUGCCUUCAAAGAGCGUGGAGAAGUUGCUGACUCUAGGUAACAUAGUUACCCCCAAUGAACACAGUACACCAUCACGCUCUUCCGGACAACGACUCCAGGCACCCUAUACAACUCCAACUAGAAAUGCUGACCCCUCACCAUCACCUACUUCUGCCUGA